CUCAAGCUCAACUAAUGAUGAGCUAUAAAAAUUCAGUAAAUUGGAGACUCACAAAGAAGAAAAGAAAAGAAAAAACACAUAUAAUAUGAUGAAGAGUUACAAUUUCAACGUUCUUCUUCUGAUUAUUGUUUUAUGCUCUCUCACUCUACUUUCCAGUGCUUCUAUGUCCUUAGAAACUGGUGAUGAAAGUCCAUAUUUAUAUAGAGAGGGCACUGGCAAAGGACCUAAGGAGUGGGGUCUAAUCAAUAGAAGAUGGAGAACAUGUAGCAAUGGGAAAUUGCAAUCUCCAGUCAAUCUUUCUCAACAAAAAGUUCAAGUGUUGCCCAGUCUAGGCAAAUUGAAACGAGAUUACCAACCAGCACCAGCAACUAUUAAAAACCGAGGACAUGAUAUCACAGUCAGAUGGAAAGGAAAUGCUGGUAAAAUUAAGGUCAAUGGGACCAUUUUUAAACUGCUACAGUGUCAUUGGCAUUCACCAUCUGAGCACACCUUCAAUGGCUCAAGGUUUGAAUUAGAGCUUCAUAUGGUUCACUUUAGCCCCGAAAGAAAAAUAGCUGUUGUGGCUAUAGUUUAUGAAUAUGGUCGCCCUGAUUCUUUCCUUUCAAGGCUAUUUCAUCAUAUAAAAUCAGUUGGGAAAGAAGAGAGAAAUAUAGGGAUUAUUAAUCCAGGAGAUAUCAAAUUUGGGAGUAGAAAGUAUUACAGAUAUAUUGGUUCUCUUACAGUUCCUCCCUGCACUGAAGGAGUAAUUUGGACAAUAAGCAAGAAGAUAAGAACGGCUUCGAGGGAGCAAGUGAAAGCACUGAGAGACGUUGUUCAUGAUGGUUUUAAGACAAAUGCAAGGCCAACUCAGCCAUCACAUGAAAGAGCAAUUUAUCUAUACUCUCCUUAGAAGUAUAAAAAUUGAGAAAUUUCUAGAUAAAUUCAAUCUAUUAAAUCAUCUAUAGAUAAAAUGUAGUAUUAUUUAUUAAUUAUUAUAUUUUACAUUGAUUGGUUUAUUUGUUAUUAUUAACUACACAUAAAUUAAAGCCAAUCAAUGUAAAUGCAACAACUAAUAAACAAUGCCAUAUGACGAUAUAUAAGUAAUUUUGUCCAAGGAUGACAU